CGGCGCUGGAGGAGGAGGAGGAGGAGGCGGAGCGGGUGCCGCUGCCGCCUGCUCGGGCUGAGCGGCCGCGGGGCCGGGCGCAGCAGGCAGAGCCCAGCGGGGUCGGACGGCUGCGGGGAAGGGUGGCCACGCAGCAGCAGCAACAGCCGCCGCCAUGGAUCACUACGACCCGCAGCAGAACAACGACUACAUGCAACCGGAGGAGGACUGGGAUCGGGACCUGCUCCUCGACCCGGCGUGGGAGAAGCAGCAGCGGAAGACAUUUACAGCAUGGUGUAAUUCUCACCUCCGCAAGGCUGGGACACAGAUUGAGAACAUAGAGGAAGAUUUCAGGGAUGGUCUUAAACUCAUGUUACUUCUGGAAGUCAUUUCAGGUGAACGUUUGGCUAAGCCUGAAAGAGGCAAAAUGCGAGUGCACAAAAUAUCCAACGUGAACAAGGCCUUGGAUUUCAUUGCCAGCAAAGGAGUCAAAUUAGUAUCUAUUGGAGCAGAAGAAAUCGUGGAUGGCAAUGUUAAAAUGACUCUUGGAAUGAUCUGGACCAUCAUCCUUCGUUUUGCCAUUCAGGAUAUCUCAGUUGAAGAGACGUCUGCUAAAGAAGGACUUUUGUUAUGGUGUCAGAGAAAGACAGCCCCCUACAAAAAUGUAAACAUCCAGAACUUCCAUAUCAGCUGGAAGGAUGGCCUUGGUUUUUGCGCUUUAAUUCAUAGACACCGUCCAGAGCUCAUCGACUACGGGAAGCUACGAAAGGAUGAUCCUCUCACUAAUCUAAACACAGCUUUUGAUGUGGCUGAGAAAUAUCUGGAUAUUCCCAAGAUGCUGGAUGCAGAAGACAUUGUUGGAACUGCCCGUCCUGACGAGAAAGCCAUCAUGACCUAUGUUUCUAGCUUCUACCACGCCUUCUCAGGAGCCCAGAAGGCGGAGACAGCAGCAAAUCGUAUCUGCAAGGUGCUGGCAGUCAACCAAGAAAAUGAACAGCUCAUGGAAGACUAUGAAAAACUGGCCAGUGAUCUGCUGGAGUGGAUCCGUCGCACCAUUCCCUGGCUGGAGAACCGGGCCCCAGAGAACACCAUGCAAGCCAUGCAGCAGAAACUGGAGGACUUUCGGGACUACCGUCGCCUGCACAAGCCCCCCAAGGUCCAAGAGAAGUGCCAACUUGAGAUCAAUUUCAACACCUUGCAAACCAAGCUGCGGCUCAGCAACAGGCCAGCCUUUAUGCCUUCAGAAGGGAAAAUGGUCUCGGAUAUAAACAAUGCCUGGGGUGGGCUAGAGCAGGCUGAGAAGGGCUAUGAGGAGUGGUUGUUGAAUGAGAUCCGGAGGCUAGAGAGGCUGGAUCACCUGGCAGAGAAGUUCCGGCAGAAGGCAUCCAUUCAUGAGUCCUGGACAGAUGGUAAGGAAGCAAUGCUGCAGCAGAAGGAUUACGAAAUUGCUACCCUCUCCGAGAUAAAGGCCCUGCUGAAGAAACACGAGGCCUUUGAGAGUGACCUGGCUGCACACCAGGACCGCGUGGAACAGAUUGCUGCUAUUGCACAAGAGCUGAAUGAGCUGGACUAUUACGACUCACCCAGCGUCAAUGCCAGGUGCCAGAAGAUCUGUGAUCAGUGGGAUAAUCUGGGUGCUCUAACCCAGAAACGUAGAGAAGCCUUGGAGAGGACAGAGAAGCUACUGGAAACAAUUGACCAGUUGUACUUGGAAUAUGCCAAACGAGCUGCCCCUUUCAAUAACUGGAUGGAAGGGGCCAUGGAGGACCUGCAGGACACAUUCAUUGUUCACACCAUUGAAGAGAUCCAGGGAUUGACCACAGCGCAUGAACAGUUCAAAGCCACUUUGCCAGAUGCCGACAAAGAGCGACAGGCCAUCUUGGGAAUCCACAAUGAAGUCUCAAAGAUUGUCCAGACAUACCAUGUCAACAUGGCAGGAACAAAUCCUUACACUACGAUCACCCCACAUGAGAUCAAUGGCAAAUGGGAACAUGUGAGGCAACUGGUUCCCAGAAGAGAUCAAGCCCUGAUGGAGGAACAUGCUCGCCAGCAGCAAAAUGAACGGCUUCGUAAACAGUUUGGUGCACAGGCCAAUGUCAUUGGACCCUGGAUCCAGACCAAGAUGGAGGAGAUUGGCCGCAUUUCAAUAGAGAUGCAUGGGACGUUGGAGGACCAGCUCAACCACUUGCGGCAAUAUGAGAAAAGCAUUGUGAAUUACAAACCAAAGAUUGACCAGUUGGAAGGAGAUCACCAACAGAUCCAAGAAGCUCUUAUCUUUGACAACAAGCACACCAACUACACCAUGGAGCAUAUCCGAGUCGGCUGGGAGCAGUUAUUAACAACAAUUGCUAGAACCAUCAACGAAGUGGAAAACCAGAUUCUGACCCGUGAUGCCAAAGGAAUCAGCCAGGAACAAAUGAACGAGUUCAGGGCUUCUUUCAACCAUUUUGACAGGGACCACUCCGGCACACUUGGCCCUGAGGAAUUCAAAGCCUGUCUCAUCAGCUUGGGUUACGAUAUUGGAAACGAUGCACAGAAGAAGACUGGUAUGAUGGAUUGUGAAGAUUUCCGAGCCUGCCUUAUCUCCAUGGGUUACAAUAUGGGAGAGGCAGAGUUUGCCCGCAUCAUGAGCAUCGUCGACCCUAACCGUUUGGGUGUAGUGACGUUCCAGGCCUUCAUCGACUUCAUGUCCCGGGAAACAGCAGAUACAGAUACUGCUGACCAGGUUAUGGCUUCCUUCAAGAUCCUGGCUGGAGAUAAGAACUACAUCACUGUGGAUGAAUUACGGCGUGAACUGCCUCCUGAUCAGGCCGAGUAUUGCAUUGCUAGAAUGGCACCCUACAAUGGCCGUGAUGCUGUACCCGGUGCCCUGGACUACAUGUCCUUCUCCACAGCACUCUACGGCGAAAGUGACCUUUAACUUUUUUCUGCCCCACCACACGCUCCCUUCCCUCUCCCCAGUCCGACACACCCUUCCUUCUCUUUGCAAAGCAGCCUCUGCUCCGCUCUUUUUUGUGUUUCCCUGUUUUGCUUCAGAUAACAGAUCACAUUUUUAAGUCGGGGGGGGGACAUUGACAUGGCACCGCCUACAUUGCCCUUGAAAUGACAGUUUACAAAAUUAUUUUGUGCAAAAAAAGUUAACGUUUUAAGAAAAACAGACAUAUUUUAUUAUAGAAAAAGGUAUUUUUCUCCACCAGAUUGAAACUUAAAAUGAAAAUGUUAAAAAUAUUGCACCAAAUAUUUUUUGUUGUGACAUAGGAAGUCAAGCAUAAUGUUACAUUCCAUCCUUUCCAAAAAGAACCAAACAACAACUACAAAACGCCACUUGUUCUGUUAACUUUACAUUUGCGUAUGUCUCUCUUAUGUUUAUCUUGGGAGGGGGGGAAGGCACACAAGUGCAUGUGUUUGCUGGUUCACUCAUUUCAUGAAAAUAUUUUAUGAUAAACUUUUGAAAUUGCUGUGUUUUCUAGGGAAAAAAUAAUGUACACAGCUCAUGUUUUCAUAUUUAAUUAAAAAAUACAAUAUGCCUCCUAUGUUUAUCAGUGCACAACUUUUUUGUUGCUGAGAGUUGUCUGGUUUCAGAACAUGAAGCUUGAGAGUUGGUAACUUUGAUAUUGCUUGUCACAAACCAUAUUAAAAAUUUCUUGUGAUAACAACUCUAGACUUUAUUCAUUUCUAUAGCAAUACUGUUUAAUUCUAUUUAGUUAAAACAACAAACACAACAAAGAAACCAGAAUUAAUUGUUGGGUUUUUUUAAUUGAAAUUACAAUACUUUAAAGGUAAACUUGCCUCCACCUUAACCUUUUCAUUCUUGUUGAAUGAUGUUGGAAUUUUCACAACUUUCUCACCACUUUAAGUUAAUGACUUACAUAAUUUUUAACUAUCUGUGAUAGACCCACAUCUCUAGGAACAAUAUUAUUAUUAUUCUUUAAAAAUGGCACAAAAUUAAUUACUAGAGCUAUGCAAACAAUCACUGUAUUUUUUAAUCAUUUAUGAAAAAUUCCUCCACCGUUCUCAUGCUCAGAACUGAAUAUGACUGCAUUUGUUAUCACAUCUUCUGACAUCAUAAAUUCUUCCAGAGACCUCAAGAUCAUCUUUGUAUUAGACAGUCAAAAGAAACCAGUCUUCAGAACAACUCCUUUGGGACCUUUAAUGAAUCAAAGUAUACGAACACAUGCACGUGCCUGAAAAUCGGCAAAAGGAAGCAGCUAAUCCCUUCCCAGCCAUCUCAUAUUACAGGUGCAUUUCCUGCCUACUGACAACUUUUUUAGGGAACACAGAGUUAGAAGGAAAAAUAUUCAUUAGUGCUUCAUGAUGUGUUUCAAGUGAGUUUUUUAGGUAUAACCAUAUACUCUCUAGUCCUGAAUGCCAUUUUUAUAGUGAAACAAUGACUGCAGGAGUGAAGAAUUCGUGCACAGAUUCACAGGGAGCUCCUGCAGCUCGGUAGCAUUGUCCUCUGUCCUCCAGAGCAGGGCUAAGUCCUGAGGAAUAUUGUACAUGGUGGGUUGGGGCUCAGCACAGCUUUCUGGUUUAUAACCUAACCUGGAGUAGGACACAAUAAAAGUCACAGUAGUGUGUUCUGGCGUAUCCCAACCUGACUGUAUUCACGUACUGUAUUUGGGAGAGGGGGUGUUAAUGUCUGCUACGGCACUUUUUCCACCAAAAGUGUUCUCCUCUAAGCUGGAUAAUGUGUUUGUAGAGGGUAUGCAAAUAAGCACCAUUUAGUUUCAUCCAUAGACACAGAAAGACAGAACUCGCCAUUGUUUGUUUUGAAAGGCGGAAGCAGAGGCAGUUCAUUUACCCGUAGCUGUGCGUAUGAGUGCUGGAGUUAAGGUGAAGCUGAGUUUCCUAUGUUGUAAUCUGUGAAAAUGAGAAGCCUGGAGAGGUUAAAACAAAUUGUCAGUAAUGUAGGACUUGCAGCCCCAUCAGUAUUUGAUCCACUUGCAAACUUCUCAGUAGGCCUGUUUUCAGCUACAUCGCUACUAUGUUGCCACAAAUGGGACUGUCCUCUUUGAAGACAGGGAGUGCUGAUUCCAUUGCCAUAUUUUACUGUACCUAACAUAGGUUAUCUGUUUGAAAACUAAAACAGCAGAGGAUGACUACAGGCAUGAGUAGAUAAUCUAUGCUGAAGUUUGUCUUUGAGCACCCUUUGCCCCUGCUUUGAUAACCCUCUUUCCUUUUCCACAGUAGCUUCCCUGUCCUUGGUUUGCUGCACCUGGAAAAGGACAUUGCUAUUGUCAAAUAAGUUGAGGUUCUCUGUAGGUUCUACCCAUUGCCAGAAGAUGUAAUGACACGCUUUUUUUUUUAUGUAUGCUUUUUUUAAAUUGUUUAAACAAUCAUACCAGGGGCUGGGGGGGAAAUAUGACCACUCUCUGGAGAAAAAGCUCAUGUUAUUUUGAAAUAGGGCUGAAAAAAGAACAUAGGUGCGCUUUUGGCCACCAUUGUGCGCCCAGGUCUGCUGUCCCUCUGAGAAUGGAGCCAAAUUAUUUUGAAUCAUCUCGGUGACAGUGCUCUGUAAAUCCAUGCUUGAAGAUUCCAGAAGUCUUUACAAAGAAACUUUUACUGAGCUGUGGUAGUGUUGCACUCUAUAAUCAGGUUUUGCACAAAACUUCAGCAGGAUGUAAGCAUUCAUGGUUUUAUCAGACAAAGAAAACAGUGCCCCAUCCCUGCUCACACCACAAAUUGUUGGCGCUGUGUGGGCUGCAGCCUUGCUAGCAUUGCUCCAUUGGCACCACACCACUGCAUCCUUUGGUGAAGCUGAAGUGUUAACAGCACCAAAAAGGUCUCGCCUGUGCUUCUGAGUAGUUUAGAGUUUGAAAUAUUGGUAAUAGGUUUGUCUAAAAUUUCAGGGACAAGGACUGGUAUUUCUUCUGGUCAGGUGGCACAGCCUUUGACAAACUGGCUAGAGCUUAUGUGACCCGGUCUUUUCCCUUAAGCCUCCCCAUUCCUGCUCCACCCACGGAGGAGCACUAGGAUGCUGCAACAAGUUCACCUUUCUCGCGGCACAAGAUAUAUCUUGCAAUCCUGUGGCCUAACAGUCUCUGGCAGUUAGUAUGCUGAAAUUUGAAAAGUUUUCCGUAUUAGGCUCAUGAGUUUGCAGCUAACGUGCCAUUCUCUAGCCAAGUCCUGACAUCAGCCUUGAUGAAAUUCGUCUCUGGAAGCAGCUGUUCACAGCUCAGUAACUGCCCCUUUCCCUGCCAAGAACAAAAGUGGACAAUCCGCUUCAAGCUCACAUCUUCUGUUCAGGGAUUAACUGGUUUUGUCAGUCUGCCAUACUCAAUAUUAUCAGGCACAAAAAUUGAAAUAAUGCUUUCUCAAGAAAUUAACCAUUUUCCUUUCAUGACUGUUGACAUCUUUGGACCCUGAGAUCUCGGUACCUGCCCUGGCAUGACUGUCUGACAGUACAGGGCAAAAAAGCACAUCAGUGCUCAGACCUAACAUGGGGUUUUCUCGCCUACCAGAAUGUCAACCACACUUCCAAAAGCCUCUCAAAUCUAUCUUGUGACUGUUGCACGUCUUCAGUUCUGCCAGUGUCUGGUUUUGGAGCAGAGGAGCAGAGACAGGAGUCUCAGAAGACAACGAAAGGAAACUGGUCUGCAACCUUGAAUGAACUUGAUUUCAAAGAAGUAUUCAUAUAUCCACUGAGGAUCCAUCCAGCUGAAUCAGACUGACUGUUUUUAUCAGGGAAAUUAUGGAAAGCGUGAGGAAUAAAGAGAGGGUGACUGUAAUGGCUGGGAAAAGGAACAGCUAGAACUAAAAUUAAGAAACCAGAAUGCAGGUAUAAUUUUCAGACCAUAACAAGAAAAUUAAUUGUAUAUGCAUUACUCGCACUACAGAUGCUGGGGUAGGAGAGAUUCUCUCCCACCCCCAGAGUAGCUGAGAACUAAGAAAGCUUAAUCCUGUUGAAUUAAUCAAACUGCCAAGGCGACUGGCUGCUGAAAGAGUUGCUACUGUGUAAACCCUUAAAAUCCAUUGCAUUAGCUCUAAGCUGCUGGGAAAGCCUUAGCGUAAUAAACCUAGAUUAACAAAGUCUAGGGCACAUCCUGAGCCAAGCAGGUAAUCAGAACAUUCCCCAGCAUGCACUGAGAAAAUGCGUUCAGUGCUGCAGUCGGUAAGAAAAGGCAGCUAUUGUGAUGGAUAAGGUUGUAUGAUUAGCUGUUGUACAGGGAAGGACGCUCUAUCAGGCUCGUUCAGGUAAAUUUAAAUCUCAACAAUUUAAACUCACUUAAAUUGCAAGAAGAAAAUUAAUCUUUUUAUAUUCUAAGGAC